CUGGCCAUGGCGGCGAAAGUGGACCUCAAGAUCUCCACGGACUGGAAGGAGGCUAAAGCUUAUCUGAAGGCUCUGAGUGACAAGCAGAGGGAGGAGCAUUAUUUCUGCCCAGACUUUGUCAGCCUGAAAAAAAUACCCCUCUGGAAGGAUGGAGAGGCAAAAGGGGCGUCAGAUAAGGACAAGGAAUCCCAGUACAAGCCGGACAAGGCCCUGAAUGAGAAGAUCUCACUCUUCCGGGGAGACAUCACCAAGCUAGAGGUGGACGCCAUUGUGAACGCGGCCAACAGUUCUCUGAUGGGAGGAGGCGGCGUAGACGGCUGCAUCCACCGAGCCGCCGGCCCCCUGCUCAAAGAGGAAUGCCGCACACUCCAUCACUGUGAGACGGGCAAAGCCAAGAUCACCGGCGGCUACCGCCUGCCUGCCAAGUACGUCAUCCACACCGUAGGGCCCAUUGCGCAGGGAAACCCCAGCCCCGCCCAGGUCCAGGAGCUUCGCAACUGCUACAUCAACAGCCUGCAGCUAGUGCUCGAGAACAGCCUUAGAUCCGUGGCCUUCCCGUGCAUUUCCACCGGGGUCUUUGGUUACCCCAGCGAGGGAGCGGCUGAGGUCGUCCUGAGCACCCUGAGGGAGUGGCUGGAGGAGCACAAGGACAAGGUGGAUCGGUUGGUGAUCUGUGUGUUUCUGGAAAAGGAUGAGAAGAUAUACCGCAAGCGGCUGCCUUAUUUCUUCCCUACGGCCUGA